AUGAAUGGAAUAAGAUCGAUUUUUACUCGAAAUUUCAAUUGGUGUUCGAGAAAAUCAAAUAAUAACUCGUCGUUCAGUGGACGAUUAAAACGAAAUGUAAGAAAUAUUAUCAUCGUUGGUAUUAUUGGUGUUGGAACAUACCAUGGUUAUCGAAAAUAUCAUCGUUAUCAAUGGAUAAAUGCAGUCAAUGAUUUGAAUGAAAAUCUUGGAAGAAAACCGCGAUUAAUUGUCUUAGGAACAGGGUGGGGUUCUGUAUCUCUUUUAAAACAUAUUGAUACAUCAAAAUAUGAAGUUAUUUGUAUAUCACCACGAAAUUAUUUUCUCAUGACACCAUUAUUACCAUCAGUUAGUGUUGGAACAAUUGAAACUCGAACUGUUAUCGAAUCAAUUCGAUCAUUAAUUGGACCACAUAUUCAAUUUCUCGAAGCAAACUGUUUUAAUGUUGAUAUCAAUUCCAAAACAAUUUCAUGUAAGACAAAUAAUGAAUCGAAUCAGUCAACAUUUAAUCUGAAUUAUGAUAUUCUUAUUGUUGGAAUUGGUUCAGAAAAUAACACAUUUAAUACACCUGGCGUUGAACAAUAUGCACAUUUUCUUAAAGAAAUACCUGAUGCUCGACGUAUAAGAGCAAAGAUUAGUGAUGCUUUUGAAUUUGCAAUGAUACCAACACAAACAAUUGAAGAAAAAAAACGCCUUUUACAAUUUAUUAUUGUUGGUGGUGGACCAACCGGAGUGGAAUUCGCUGCUGAAGUAUUUAUUUUUAUAGUUUAUCNAAUUAUUGAAAAAGCAUUUGCAGAAGCUGACAAAGAAAAUUCGGGUUAUUUAACCGUUGAUACACUUCGUCUUAUCUUAGAAAAAGCUGAUAAAAAGAUACGUACAUUACCAGCAACAGCACAAGUUGCAUAUCAACAAGGUUGUUAUCUCGCCAAUUUAUUAAAUCAAAUCAAUGAUUUCAAAUCGAUUCAUUUUCAAGAAGGAAAUUUCGAACCAUUUCGUUAUAAACAUCGAGGCUCAUUGGCAUAUGUUGGUGGAGAUUCAGCUGUUUUAGAUUUCAAUCAUUCGAAGACGAUUUUCGAAAGAUUUUCAUUGAAAUCAUUAUCUGGUCGUAGUGCUCUUUAUCUAUGGAAAUCAUUUUAUUUAACUGAAAUGUUUACUGGACGUACAAAAGCUUUAUUAGCUUCUGAUUGGAUUCGUACUCGACUUUAUGGAAGAGAUAUUAGUCGAUAUUAA